AUGGCAAAAAGCAGCAAGAACAGUAAAGCCUCAAAGGGGAGUAAAGGCUCGAAGGGCAGUAAGAAGGGUAGCAAAGGUAGCAAAGGGAGUGGCAAGAAGGGGGUGGAAGUUGAGCCGCCCGUCGAGAUUGGCGUGCAGACGUGUCCGGGAAAAUUUUGCUACUUGUGUUGUCUUGAGUUUAAGAACUUGGCCGCGGUUCAGGCGCACGUACUUGCACUCGCUCACAAGCCCUACAGCGAUGAUGAUUUUAUCCGCCAACGAUGCCGCCUCUGCCACUUGACCAUCCCCUUCAAAUGGGCACCCACGCACAAAUGUUGUGUCGCCAAGUCGGCAUUCAUCAGCUACAUAACCACGUCACCGUAUAUUCAAGGUGGACCUCCACACCAAUGCCUUUAUUGCAGAGGUCGAUGGUUUAAAUCGCGCAGUGAUCUCGUGGUCCACUUGCUGUCUCUUCAUAAACCCGACCGUAUUCCUGGCAAGUGUGGUCUUUGCCCCUUUCAAUUCGAGGAGCCUCAGCCGUUCGUCCCAAAUAUUCCUCCUCCACCACCGGACGCAGACAAAGAGACAAUAAGACAAUAUCAGCUUGAAGUGAAAAAUGCCAAACAGGAUGAAUUAGUGAAGUUUGAAUCCGCUGAGCUGACGCCAGGUAUCGCCCAACUGGAACAGCACUGCCGUGCAUUCCAUAACCCAUUGUAUAACUUAAUUUCGCGGAAAGCUGUCUUGAACAAUUCGAAACUUCGCGAGCCAUACAGCUGUUUCUUGUGUCAAAGGACUUACAAGACGAACUGGCAUUUCCAGGCCCACAUACUGUGUCGCCACGGCAUAUCGCCCGAUCUAAAAAGCGAGCUGUUGUAUUGUGCCAUGUGCGGUGCGUCGUGUAUUUCUGAAAACACCUUCGAUAACCACGUGCAGAGCACGCAUUCACAUGAACUGAAGUGUCUGGCAGACUUUCUCAUCCGCCGCGAAUUGAUGCAGGACUAUGUCGACUGUGGCAGCACCUGCGCGACAUGCUGGGAGCGUUUUGAAGAUAAUUUCACGCUUCAAGCUCACAUUAUCGUCGCACACACCACCACCAAACCCCUGGUUUGUGGCUGGUGCAACGUAGACUACACCUGUCCCGACCCUCUAGGUGCUUUCCUAGUCUAUUUUAAUCACGAACAAAACCACAGCAGGGCGUUGCAUGCUGCGGCACUGGAGAUGCACAUGACGGUCAAGACUAUACCCCCACCACUGCCUGAGGAGCUCUCGAAGGAGUCGAUUCAGGCUGCGCUAGAUGCGCUCUCCGGUGCGGGCGAUGACACGAGCCUCGACAAGUCCAAGGGCAGCAAGGGAAAGAGCAAGGGUAGCAAGAGCUCCAAGGGAAAGACAUUUCACGCAGUAUAUCACAUCUGUCCCGAGAAAUACGUCUCCUUUCCCUCCAGAAUAACAUUCUUCUGGUUUACUCAACUAAUUGUCAAGGGUUACAGGAAAACCCUACAGAUGUCUGAUUUGUGGGCGUUGGAGGAUAAACACAUCUCCGCCAGUCUCGGACCGAGGUUCUACGCCCGGAUCACAAAGUACCUUCGAGUCAGCGUUUCCGGAGUCAUGGAUUCGCCAAGCGUGUCCUCGCCCCAAUUCUCGGACAACCCGCCCAGUCUGGACCCUGCAACCAGCCUCCACUCUGACGUACAAAAGUCAUCUGGGAAACCUCUAAGCCAGGCCAACGAUGCCGCAAAUUCAACCAACCCAUCUACAGGUCGGCACACCCCUGGCAGACGUAGCACCUUUGCUGAAGUCAGUGCCUUUGGCAAGUCUCGAAACCGUCCAGAAGACCUAAGGUCGCGACGACGGGACUCCUUUGGAGGUGUGGGCAUUGAGGAGGAGGAUGAGGAGAGUGAGGAGUGGGUGGAAGAGGAUUCUAGCAAACAGCGACGUUACAGGACGAUGUCGGAAGCACCGGAUCUCGGAAAGAAACCACAUACAUCUACUUGUAGGGUGUUUUUGUCCUUUGUGUGCCAAACAGCCUCUUUCUUGCCGAAUUAUCAAAUUUGUUUCUCCGGUCCGUUUGGAAGGCCAAAGCCUCAAACAAAGACGUCAAUUUCUGGUGACCUCGAGAGUGGGCUCUUUGCAGGGCGCUCGUCGGACUCCGUUAACAAAUCGCCGGUGAGUGGACAAGAAGAGGUGCUGGAGAAAUCCAAGCGGCAGCGCAGGAAUAAACCCAAGGGUGGUCUCGUGAAGUCUCUUUUCGUGACCUUCGGUUGGCCAAUGUUUAUUGCUGCAAUCUUCAAGCUUGUCCACGACUUGUGCCUACUCAGCGGUCCAAUCAUUUUGAAGUACCUUCUGGCCUUCCUGGAGCCCGGUUCAAUGGAGCCACACUGGCACGGUUACGCGUACGCCUGCAUCUUGUUCGUAACAGCCUUCAUCCAAUCCAUCGCUCUUCACCAAUACUUCCGUACCCAAACCGUCAUCGGCAUGGACAUCCGCACAGUCCUCAUUUCUGCCGUCUACCGAAAAAGCCUUCGCCUGAGCGCCGCGGCGCGUUGUGAGUCGACUACGGGGGAGAUUACUAACCUCAUGUCAAUCGACUCCCAGCGCUUCUGUGCCCUCAUGUUGAACAUCCACGCGCUUUGGUCCGCACCCUUCCAGGUAACGGUUGCCCUCUACCUGCUGUGGAGGGAGCUGGGACCGUCGGUUCUUGCCGGUGUCGGGGUCCUCCUCAUCAUGAUCCCUGUCAACACCUUCGUCGCGGAGAAGAGCAAGGGUCUGCAGGUGAGGGACACCGUGUUGACAAUGUCUGCCCUUGCCAAAUUUGCACCCCCUCAACGUUACGUAGUCGCCUUUAUCGACUAUUCUUUUCAGGAAAAACAAUUGAAAACAACAGAUUCGCGAAUCAAGCUGAUCAGCGAAAUCCUCAACGGCAUUAGAAGACACUUUGCCACUCACUUUGCUGGGACGCAUGUUCUCCUCUCUCCUCCCCCGCUUCUACCCUUUCCCUUCUCCACUUUCUUCCUCUCCUCGUUCCUUCCAAUUGCUAAUGGAAUAACGUCAGAGUUGGUCCUGAAGCUCUACGCCUGGGAGCCCUCAUUCAUCCGGGAAGUUGACUCCAUCCGCAAUAAAGAGCUCUCAUAUCUUCGUAAAUCCCUAUACCUGGAUUGCAGCAUCAUAUUCGUCUUUGUCUGCGCCCCCACACUGGUUGCCCUGGCCACCUUCGUAGUCUACAUACUCUCGUCGCCGGGCAACGUGUUCAACGCGGAAAAGGCCUUCGUGUCGCUCUCACUGCUCAACAUUCUGCGCUUCCCGCUCUUCAUGUUUCCAACCAUCCUCUCCAGUCUCGUUCAGGCCUACGUAUCAGUGCGUCGUUUGACCAAGUUCCUUCUCAACCCUGAACUCGACCCGUCAUCGGUGAGCCAUGAGGAGACGCCGGGUGUUGCGGCGGUCAUUGAAAAUGGCACCCUUUCCUGGGCACCUGAUGUGGAGCCAGCUAUUCAAAAAAAUGGUCACAGUCACUGUGAUGCCAAAGAUACUACGUCUGAAAUGUUGCUCGUCGCCGAUGUUGCUGGUCAUCGAGUUCGUGAGUUGUCAAAUAUUUGCAACCGCGGUCGGCGUCUUUGGCCUCUUAAGGAGCUUGCUUGUGCGUGGGAGAAAGAAAACAUAACCCUCCAGGACUUGACUGUUAUUUUUUUUGGUUUUAGCAUAACUGUCUACUUCGCGGAAGGCCAGUCAACAGCUAUCGUUGGUCGCGUGGGAUCUGGCAAAUCCAGCCUCUUGAACGCUCUUCUGGGAAACAUGGAAUUAAUCUCUGGUCGCGUUAACAUCAAGGGAAGUUUGGCACUGGUGUCGCAGCAGGCGUGGAUAUUCAAUGGCACACUGAGAGACAACAUCCUCUUCCACAAACCCUACAACGCCGAGCGCUACGCCAAAAUAAUCAAGGCCUGUGCCCUCGAGCCGGACAUCAAACUCCUGUCCGACGGUGACCUGACUGACAUCGGGGACAAAGGCGUUAAUUUGUCGGGAGGCCAAAAGCAACGCAUCAGUUUGGCGAGAGCUUGCUACGCGGAUGCCGAUGUUUAUCUUUUUGACGACCCGCUGGCGGCGGUGGACGCGCACGUCGCGAACCACCUGCUGACUCACGUUAUCGGUCGUCGGGGUUUAUUGGCAAGUAAGACGAGGAUCAUUGCAACGCAUCACCCCAAUGCCAUCGCCGAAGCGGACCGAGUUGCUUUGCUUGAAGGCGGCCGCCUCGUGGAAUACGGCACGUACACGAAGCUGACGGCAAUGAAGAACAGUCAAUUGAAUAUAUUCCUACGAAGCAAGGAGCUGCGCAAACGAUUGCUCUCUGAACAGGUGGAUAGUGACCAGGUGCCUAGCAGGUCGUUGGAGAGGUCGCUCUCAAGCCUCAGGACGCGCACUCCCUCCGAAUCCUACCAAACACCGCAUGACGCCAUCCCAGGCGAUUUCGCUGAGCCCUUUUUGCAGGAGGAUCAGGGACGGCACGCGGAACACGAACAAGACGACACGGCUUCCGUCCACAGCAGACCCGACUCCCCCAAGUUUGACACCAUUCGAUUGAGGAGCAGUUCGGUUAAGGAGGCGAAGAGGAGCGAUGCAAAGGUAGAUGUUUCCUACAAAUUGGUGGAGGGUGGGCAGGACCAAUCCGGGAACAAGCCGAAGAAGACCCUAGAGGAGACCAGUGCUACCGGACGAGUCAAGUUCUCGGUCUUUUGGAUUUACAUCCGCAGCAUCGGACUAGGCAUUUUUCUGGCUGGCGUAUUCUUCCUCCUGUUGAACCAACUCGCCUGGCUCGGUAGUAACAUCUGGCUGGCCGAGUGGUCUGGCGAUUCCGCAAGGAACAAGAACCUCACCGACUCGGCCAAUGCCACUGGCACCAUGGACAGCCAAACCUACAGAGAUUUGGUGGCCCGAAUGAAUAGUCUGAGGGAUCUGCGGUUGGGCAUCUACGGUUUGAUUGGUCUGGCUCAAGUUGUCUUCAAUCUCUUUGCCUGUGUGCUGCUGGCAAUUGGCGGUGUUCAUGCCGCCAAGUUACUUCAUCACGGCCUUCUGGAGUGCAUUAUGCACGUUCCCAUUAGCUUUUUCGAUUCAACCCCACAGGGUCGGAUUAUGAAUAGAUUCUCGAAUGAUUUCGCCACAGCUGACAGUCAGUUGAUGCGGUCGCUGCGCUCCAUGAUAACAAAUUCCUUCAUCUGCUUGAUCACUUUCGCGCUGUGUGCUGUACCUAGCGCCUACAUUCUCAUUCCCCUCGUGUUCCUAUUGGCUUUCUAUUGUGUCAUGCAGAACCUGUUUGUGACCACGAGCCGUCAGCUGAAGCGCCUCGACUCGGUGAGCAAGUCGCCGAUUUUUUCGCACUUUGCCGAGACCCUCCUGGGUGUGGACACAAUCAGGGCCUACAGACAGUGCAGUUUGUUUGUCAAGACCAGCGACGACAGGGUGGACACCAACAACCGCGCCUACUUCUCCACUCUCGUCGCCAACCGUUGGCUGUCAAUGAUCCUGGAGACAGUGGGGAACCUGCUGACCUUGUCGGUUUCCAUCGCGUUUGUUGCAACCCGAGAUGUCCUUGCCGCUGGCUUCGCGGGGCUUGUGAUUAGCUACGCCCUCAAUGUCACCCAGAGUCUCAGUUGGCUCGUCCGCAUGUCCACUGAGUUCGAGACUGACAUUGUCUCCGUUGAGAGGAUUAAAGAAUAUUCUGAGCUGCCGAUUGAGGCCCCCUGGGAGGUUGACGAGAAGAAGCCUCCGCCGCAGUGGCCCGAGGGCUCCCUGGAAUUCGUCAACUACAGCACGCGUUAUCGCGAGGACCUCGACUUGGUGCUGAAGUCGAUCUCCUUCAAGAUUAACCCGGGCGAGAAGGUGAGCACUGUCUUGGCCACGUUGUCCAUACUAUUGCCCAAGCUGCUUGCACAGUUUGGGGCGAAUUUCAUGCAAAACGCUUUGUGCCUCUUUGGAACUACCACCCAGCCUUGGUGCUGGGUGGUCCACGUGAUCACUCCAGGGCAGAUUGGCAUCGUCGGCCGAACGGGAUCCGGCAAGUCGUCUCUAGUGCUCGCGCUUUUCAGGGUAAUCGAAGCUACUGAAGGCGAAAUUCUCAUUGACGGGAUAAAUAUUGCCAAGAUUGGCCUCCACGACUUACGAGGACGGCUCACCCUCAUCCCGCAGGCAAUAUUUUCGCAGGAUCCAGUCUUGUUUUCGGGGACCCUUCGUUUCAACCUGGACCCCUUCAACACGUACUCCGAUGAGACGGUGUGGGAAGCCCUGACGCUGGCGAAUUUGCGCAGCUUUGUGGAGAACAUGUCCGGCGGUGAAGGCCUCGACAUGGUCAUCUCUGAAGGCGGUGGCAACCUCAGUCAGGGCCAGCGCCAACUUGUGUGUCUCGCCCGAGCUCUCCUCAGACGCUCGAAGGUUCUCGUGUUGGAUGAGGCCACGGCCGCUGUCGAUCCCCGAACCGAUCAGCUGAUCCAACAGACCGUCCGCAACGAGUUCGCCACUAGCACCGUUCUCACCAUUGCUCACCGUCUUGACACGAUUCUCGACUACGACAGGAUAAUGGUUCUGGACGCGGGUCGCCUAGUUGAGAUGGGACAACCUCAGGAGCUGGAAGCUCGAAUUGGAUCGGUAUUCCGUGGAAUGCUCAAAGAGGCAAAUCUCCUUGGAGCAGUCCCGAAGAAGUCGAAAUAG